AUGGGAAAGGCUACCGAAAUCCCAGGCAAGCAGCGCAAAGCGGAGCACCGGGGGUCUCGGGUGCCCGCCCCCCCCACAGAGUCAGAGGGUCCUGCGCACUCUUCACAGGUGUCAGACAUCGAGCUGCCGGCCAACGAGACCAGAUAUGAGCUGGAAUCUGAACACUCAGAACUCCCCCCCCGGGGCGGCCCCUCACCGCGGGACAAUUCACCGCCCAGAGGGUCCCCCGACACCACCCUCAGGGGCCCGUCCGCUCGCUCGACACGCACCUCCGAGACGCGGUCCGCCGGGACCGGCUACAGCUUGCGAGCGCGCGGCGACUACCGGGGCCGCAGCCUGGCCGCCCGCCGCCCCGCUCUGCCCAUCGGCUCUGACUCUGCCCGCACCGGGCUCCAGGCGAAGGAGGCCGGACCCGCCGGCUACGCUGGAGCUGUUGGCCUGCGCUCAGGCGGGCGGCCGGCCGCGGAGGGCGCGCGGCGCAGCUCCUCCUCCGCCGCCGCCGUCCGCGUCCUCCUCGAGCUCCGCCGACUCUUCCCGGGCUCCGGGUCUGCUGCGCCGGCUCCGGACGCCGCCGCCCGCGGCCCGGAGGCGCCGCCCCCCGCCCGCGCCGCCACCUCUCAUUGGCCGCCGCCUGCAGGCCCCCUCGGCCCCGCCCCGCGAUUGGGCGCUGGCUCCGUCCGUCCCGGAGGCUCGCGGGCUCGGUGCGCAGCCCGGGCGCUGUUCCCAGGCCCGGGUGCGCGGGAGCGGCGGCAACCCUAA